UAUUUUUCAAACCCGUGAAAAUUCAAGACUACUUUCUUCCGCUCCUUAAAAAUGAACUCACUGUUAAAUCGGUCCCCUCUGGCCCACAUCCUACAAACGGCGCCGCUUCAACUUGAUCCCUUCCAAAAAAAACAAAGAGAAGAAUAGUGAGCGGUACGGUGAUCCUCAGUUCCUCAAGCCACAUUUCUUCACUCAUGGCCGCUCCUCUGCUUCUUAAAGGCAUCCCGCUGCUCCGCCUUCGGCUGCCACGGUACAACCGUCUCACCGUCGGAAUCAUAUCGGCUCCGCGUCGUCCUUGGUGCGUCGCCGCGGACUCGGCUGGGCAAGAAGAGGAGGCAUCCUCUGUGGAGAAGAGUAGUGCGGUGCUGAGCGUGAGGGACCCACCGAAAUAUCAUAGGUGGGAUGAUCCUGAUUACAGGAAAUGGAAGGAUAAGGAGGAAGAGAUUCUUCGAGACAUCGAGCCUAUCAUUUCGCUAGCUAAAGAGAUUCUUCACUCUGAUAGGUAUAUGGAUGGGGAACGUUUAACUGUUGCAGAUGAGGAAACUGUGGUAGAGAAGCUUCUUCGUCAUCAUCCACAUUCUGAAGAUAAAAUUGGAUGUGGACUUGAUUCUAUUAUGGUUGAUCGACAUCCUCUAUUUAGACACUCCAGGUGUCUCUUUGUUGUUAGAACUGAUGGUGGAUGGAUAGAUUUCUCAUACCAAAAGUGUCUCCGAGCAUACAUUCGAGACAAGUACCCAUCCCAUGCAGAACGAUUUAUUAGAGAGCGUUUUAAGCGUGUUAGUGGCUAAAAUGUGAAAACUUAAUGUUAAUGUUAGUGUUCAACUACGAUUUUGGUGUCACUGGAGACGUUUAAAUAUUUCUUUCGGGUAGAGAGAUUGUCAUUUUGUGUCAGUGACCUAUAUAUUGCCUUGAUUUAUAAUUGUCAAUGUUGUAGAUGAUUCUGGACUGGCGCUUCAUGUUUGCUGAAAAUGAGGACAAAGAAAAUGGUUGAAUUGAACCUCACAUUGUUGACUUGCAUCUAUCUCCUUUGUUGUUGGCUUUAUGUAUGUUUUUUUAUGUUUUGAGGAACAAGCUUUUUUUCAGAUCCUUAGACCGGGGCUUUCAUAUAAAGUUAGUAGGAUCUUCAAAGCACUUUAUUGUGGGUCCCGAACUUGUCACCAGAGCUUUUUACAUAACAGAAUCGUUUAAUUUCUCUCCAAGAACUUUCUGGUAUCUUGAAUGUUAAACACCUAGAGUACAUGUUAGAAGAAAAGAAGUGUGAACAUGCAUGAGAAUCACACACUUCUACCCACUUGUAGCUGAUAUUCAGAAUGCCAUAAUAGCAUUCAACAUGCAUCAUUGAUCAUGGCCUGAUCAGAUAAUUGCUUCAGUAUUCCUGCAAGUUUUUACGCUGCUAAGAACACAUCAAUGAGUUACCCAAUUCAUAAUUUGGAGGUUGAAGAAUGAUGAAUUUGUUUUUUGUUUUUAAUAAUAUGAUCUAGCGCUUCUUUUCUCUGAUGGUCGCAUCAGAUGGUAACAAAGGUAUUCAGUGCUCAACACAUUUGGCAUACAAGAAGAGAUAGUUGAAAUCACCACCACGUCACUGUUACUGAAUAAUUGAUCGACUGUGUGAUGGAC